UUUACAGAGCCUCGUAGUAGCAGAAUGCGUUGGCGUUAGGGGGUGGAGCCCACUAGCGGUUCGGCAACAGGUGGUUCCGGCUCAGGACUUCGUCCUCAAUCGGUCCACUCCGCUUCUGGGAAAUUUCUUCGCCCCUGACCUCACCCUCCUUCAAUCUUUGCACAAUUCAACACCCUGAUCAGGUUUCCGAUUAAUCGGCGAUCUCCUUCUGCAUCUCGUCUCGCGAUCAAUUAACGGUUGUGGUUUAAGGCACCGCCAUCACCAUGUCCGUGUCGGAUUCCGAUUCCUCCUCUUAUGGCGGUGAAUACAAAAAUCUCAAACAAAUUAGCCGCGAGCGAUUAUUACAUGAAAUGCUCAGGUCAGCGAAAACGGGGGAUUCAAAAUCAAGAUGGAAGGUGCUAAUAAUGGACAAACUGACUGUCAAGAUAAUGUCUCACUCUUGCAAGAUGGCUGAUAUCACGGAUGAAGGUGUUUCAUUGGUUGAAGACAUAUACAAGCGAAGGCAGCCAUUGCCCACCAUGGAUGCUAUAUACUUCAUCCAGCCAACCAAAGAGAAUGUAAUUAUGUUUUUGUCAGACAUGUCUGGAAAGACACCCUUAUACAGGAAGGCAUUUGUUUUCUUUAGUUCACCUAUUGCCAGAGAAUUGGUUAUGGAAAUUAAGAAAGAUACGUUGGUGUUGCCUCGCAUAGGUGCUCUGAGAGAGAUGAAUUUGGAGUACUUUGCUAUAGACAGUCAGGGUUUCAUCACAAACAAUGAGAGAGCUUUAGAGGAGCUAUUUGGGGAUGAGGAGAAUAAUCAUAACGCUGUUGCAUGUUUAAAUGUGAUGGCUACUCGGAUUGCUACAGUUUUUGCUUCAUUGAGGGAAUUUCCUUUAGUUCGUUUCCGUGCUGCGAAGUCCCUAGAUGCAAUGACAAUGACUACUUUACAUGAUCUUGUUCCAACAAAGCUUGCUGCUGGUGUCUGGGACUGUCUUAUGAAAUAUAAAAAAAGUGUACCUAAUUUCCCUCAGACUGAGACCUGCGAGUUGCUCAUUAUUGAUAGAACUAUCGAUCAGAUUGCUCCUGUGAUACAUGAAUGGACGUAUGAUGCCAUGUGCCAUGAUUUGUUGAAUAUGGAGGGAAAUAAAUAUGUUCAUGAGGUUCCUGGCAAGACUGGUGUUCUACCUGAGAAAAAAGAGGUUCUGUUGGAGGAUCAUGAUCCUAUAUGGCUUGAACUUCGUCAUGCACAUAUCGCAGAUGCUAGUGAACGGUUGCAUGAGAAGAUGACCAGCUUCAUUUCAAAGAACAAAGCUGCACAAAUCCAGCAUGGUUCAAGAGGUAGUGGUGAAAUGUCAACAAGGGACUUACAAAAGAUGGUUCAAGCACUUCCGCAGUACAGUGAGCAAAUUGACAAACUCUCCCUCCAUGUAGAGAUUGCAGGAAAGAUUAACGGAAUCAUUAGGGAGUCAGGACUUCGGGAACUUGGGCAGCUGCAGCAAGAUCUUGUUUUUGGAGAUGCUGGAAUGAAAGAUGUGAUUAAAUUUUUGACUACGAAAGAAGAUACAACUCGUGAAAAUAAGUUGCGCUUGUUAAUGAUUCUUGCAGCCAUUUAUCCUGAAAAAUUUGAGGGUGAAAAAGGUCUGAAUUUGAUGAAGGUUGCAAGGUUGACAAAUGAGGAUAUGAUUGCUAUAAAUAAUUUGAGAACGCUUGGGGGACAACCUGAUAGCAAAAAAACUUCAACCGGUGCUUUCGCUCUGAAGUUUGAUAUGCACAAGAAAAAGCGUGCAGCAAGGAAGGAUCGUUCUGGUGAAGAAGAGACAUGGCAGCUAUCACGCUUCUAUCCCAUAAUAGAGGAACUCAUUGAAAAAAUCAGUAAAAAUGAAUUGUCAAAGGAAGACUAUCCAUGUCUAAAUGACCCAAGUCCAACUUUCCAUGGUACAUCUCAUGCUGGAUCAGUAAUUCAAAAUCCUCCUGCUCAUUCGAUGAGAUCAAGGCGCACACCAACUUGGGCUCGACCCAGAGGCUCUGAUGAUGGGUAUUCAAGCGAUUCGGUGCUUAAGCAUGCAUCCAGUGAUUUCAAGAAGAUGGGGCAACGAAUAUUUAUAUUUAUUGUUGGUGGAGCGACCAGAUCUGAGCUUAGGACUUGCCACAAGCUUUCUGGUAAGCUGAAGAGGGAAGUUAUUCUGGGCUCGUCAAGUCUUGAUGAUCCUGCACAAUUUAUUACGAAAUUGAAGAUGCUAACAGCACAGGAACUUUCAUUGGAUGAUCUCCAGAUAUGAUGUUUACGAACUUGGAAACUGGGAGAUGAUCUUCUGCUUGCUUGUGAAAUAUAUAUGUUGUAAUCAUGUAGUUUAUUCAUCUCAAUAUAGCAAAUUCUUUGGACAUUUGACCUGUUGUUCAGCCGAGCCACUGAAUGUCAGACUGUGCAUAUGCUAGGAAUUCUUCGCUGGUUAGACACGCAAUUUUUUUUUAUUUUAUUUUUUUAAAUUCUGGUAAAUGAGUUUCAUUCAAAUGACAUUUUGUUGCAAGGAAAAAAAAAAAGGGAACAAUGUACUGCUGAAACCUAUCCCCUCCCAAAUAAAUAAAUAAGUAAAUAAA